AUGUCGUCUGAAAGCUGGCCACCACCGUUGAAGGAAUGGGUUGCGAAGUGCCUCGGGCAGAUGACUGAUACUAACAGGGCGGAAGCCCAGGCUGAGUUGCGACAGGUCAUCGCGGAUGCAUUCAUGAACAAAACGUUGUGGACGACAGACUGGGCGGGCGUUCAAUUGCAAAGCUUACUUCCAAGGGCGCCACCGGUUGUGAAUCCUCUCAACAGCCUCAAGCGAAAAUUGAAUGACACAAGCAGUACAAGCAAUAAGAAAUCCAAGAAGACUGCUGUCGCCAAGAAUGCGGCCUCUAAUGCGCUGGAUUAUACCGAUGUGGCUGCCUUGAACCGCAGAGCGGCUCGAUUCAAGCGGGAGCAUGAAAUUGAACGACAGAAGGGGCUACAGAGCCAGACAGGUCAUGCACAAAAUACCUUUUCUCAUACGUUCUCAUCACACUCGGAUUCACCCUUCCAUGGCGAUGAACCAGAAGCGAACCCUGAUGUGCCGAACUGGGAUCGGUUCACGAUUGUCGGCACGUCCCAGGAAAUCUACAAGGACUACUUGCGUUUAACUUCAGAACCGAAACCCGAGCAGAUUCGUCCGUAUCCAGUGCUCCAGAAAACCCUCAACGAGCUGAAGAGGCACUGGCGUGAAAAGAAGAAAUAUACUUGGAUAUGCUCUCAGUUCAAGAGUCUGCGCCAAGACCUUACCGUUCAGCGCAUCAAGAACGAGUUCACUGUCAUGGUAUACGAGAAUCAUGCGCGUAUGGCGCUCGAAGUGGGCGACAUGGUUGAAUACAACCAAUGUCAGUCCAUGCUGCGCAACCUGUAUGAACUCGGGAUACCCGGCAAGAAUGAAGAAUUCACGGCAUACCAUAUUCUGCUGUUGCUGCACGGCCGGAACCGAAGCGAUUUGAAUUUAUACGUAGGUCAACUAACCGACAUGCAGAAGGCCGACCACGCGGUGCGGCACGCCCUAGCUGUCCAGCGCGCGCUGGCGAUGGGCAAUUAUCAUUCCCUCUUUGACUUAUACAUGAGCGCGCCCAACAUGGGAGCCUACAUCAUGGACCACUUCAUCAGCAGGGAGCGAGUUCGGGCGCUGAUAGUGAUGACGAGAGCAUACAAGACGUUGCCGCUGUCGUUCAUCCAGAACGAGCUCGCAUUCGAGACACUGGCCCACGCGCGCGAAUGCUUGUCAGAGAACAGGGGAAGCUUCUUCCAGAACCCCAACGCCCCGGAUACAGACAAGAUUCUCGACUGCAAACCGGCACACAUCCCGCUCGUGGAAGCCUUUGAGGAGAAGUAUCGCAAGGUACAGAUCAAGGGCGCUGUAUAA